UGACGUUUUGGCACGUGUGACCACCGCCUGCGAACUAGCGGCCACUAAAUCGUUGCUACAUACCGACACAAGUUUGGCCUGAAGUCCUGCUCUCGACCCGACAUCGCGCCAGCCAGCCAGCCGGCUUCGAGCCCCGACGAUGCUUCGAUGCCACGCAGCCGCGAUGACUUGGUUACUUGCCGAAGUAUGCACACUCAAGAUACUCGCUCUAAGUCUCGAUGAUGCUACAUGGAGCAAAGGGCGAGGGCUGCUUUUAACCAACUCAGGUGUAGAGUACUCUAAUGCCAGCUGCUCACGUAUGCAUACCAAUGCGGCCGCAGGAACAAGCCCUGCGAACUUACUUAUCCACACAGUUCUUUGUCCCGGCAAUGCGGGAGUCAUGUGUGGAGUACAUAUACCUUUACAUACGGUACAUCGGUGCAUGCAGUUGCAAAGGUACCACUCAUCCUAAUGCUGAAUCAUUGAAGUGUGGGAGGGAAGUCGCGUUAGAAUUGUCCGGACGUUGAUAGGACUACUAUACUUACUUUUCGGGUUUGCACGUAAGGUUUGUACUCGCGUAACUAAAGGUCGGAGGAAGCUGAAGACAGAAUUCACAUCGUCGACUCUCGAUCCGGACUUUCUGCCUAGACGGACGAUCGAAAGUCGAGUCAUAGAGGAAACGAGAAAGAAGAACAAUCCUUGCUGCCUUGCCUUCCUUGCAGGGGGAGCUGCACGCGCUUCGAGCUCGUGUCUUGAUACGUCACCCACUUGCAGUUGCGCACAGAAGCCACUCAACACUCCAUUCCGUACAUCUCAACAAUCAAAGUUCACCGUCCUACUCCCCCCACGGCACUCAUUCACUCCCCACGGCACUCAUUCACUCCCCA